AUGACCCAGGAUCUCUUCGAUUCUAUAACAAAUGAAAGUUCAGUUGCUUCGUCAUCUGGGUCUAUUGCAAAGCAGGCUGUUAGGCGAUUCUCUGAAUCAUGGGACUUUGUCCCUACUAAUAUAUCCAUGUCUCCCGAAAUCGUAGACGAUAAAUCUAAAUCUCCCGAAAUCUCUCUCGACUUGCCUAUGAACAAUGAACCAAAAAACAGUACUGAAGUAUCUCCCCAGCAGAUAUCAUACCCACUCGGAUAUCAAACCAGGGAGCAACGAGAAAUACGAUUAAGGCAAAAAGCCAUCGAACUUGGUGAGGAUCCAGAGAUUUUCAUUACUAUAACUGAUAAAGAUAAGCUCGAUUCCAUAGCAUUCCGCGAUAGAAUGCAGACUGAUGCGAGAAUGUGUGGUUUUGCAAAGGAGGCUGAAGAAGACCCCAGUGAAUAUAUGGAUAUGACAGUGCGAGAAAGAUUAAUAAGUGAAGAAAUAAUCCGCCGUUCUCUCGAGGAAGAUGGAAUCACCUCAUCAUGGCUGGAUACUGAUGAGGAAUGGAAAAAAACGAUUAACAUACUCCAGGAAAAUGGGGGAUUUUUUGCUCCUACAAACUAG